UUCUGAGACUCAGGCAUACAGCCUAAGAACUUGCGCGAGUAGCCUAUACUUGCUAUAAUUGAAAGUGUAACCCAUAACAUAACACCGUAAUAUGAUGUGCUGCAGUUUUCACGAUUCACCUCAAGAACUACAACUCCCACACACACUGACUCGCCCUGUGUGACCCAUUUAGGUAAUCGCCGAGCUCAUGUAGCCGCCUGUCCUGCUGUGUCGUAUCGCUGCUCUCACACAUGCAGCAACGUUACGCUGUCGACCCGCUGGUUUAGAGGGGAAACAGUUUUUAUUUCCACUAUCUGCCGCUGGGGAGGACGCGCUCUACAGGUUGGUAGAACAACACCUACAAGCGGAAACAGGCCUCCGACUCUGGACUUUGACGACUCGUCCUAUAGGGAGUUAAAAAAAAGCUGCAAUACUCACAGUCUAUCGUGACGUUUUGUAGGCUAUAUUUCAUCCCCUGUGGUGUCACUGUAAUUUGCAUGACAUGCAGUGGUGGGGAGUAAGGACAUAAGCCUAUAAGUGCUGAGGUGCUUUUUAUGGAUUUAUAUUAAACAAUUUGUUCCUGCUUUAGGCCUAAAGACUUGUAUUUGCAUAACCAUUAACUCAGAGGCAUCCAUGUAAAUAUGUGAAAGUAUUAGCCUUCAUUACAUUACACACUGAUUGGGAUGGGACUGGAUUUCCAAAAUUGUUAUUAUUGUAUUACCAUGUUGUGCAUGCCAUGACACUUCACACUCACUGUGAUUAUACCUGUUACAGCUUUGAGUGAGAAUGAAGGGCCUCUAUAGACACUAAGCUUGCAUUUGUAGGCUGCUAAAAAUUCCAGGAUACAUAAAUCAGAUUAGAGCCAAUAUAAUCUUUGAACAAAUACCAAAGUGGCUUUAUGGGUGGUACAUUUUCCAAAUCAACAACAUAAGAUUUAAACAUUUGGAUUUUAUAUCAGCUAACGAGGGAACUAAGGGAUAACAAAGACAUCUUAGAAGGCUUAUUACUUUGCACCAGCAUUCAGUGAUCAUACAGGGGAGUAAAGAUAAUAAAUGUAAAAAAUAAACGAUACAGUAAUGCCAUUAAAUCAUAAUCUAACGCAGCUGCAAGAUUUGUUGCAAUUUGAGCAUAGGCUACAAUGCUAUGUGUUGGGUUUUAUUGACUGGACUCUUGUUGUUACUGUGCUUAUUAAAAAUGACUCUCUCACAUCAAUUAUCUUGCAGAUUUUCUGGGUAUGUUGAAAUAGCAUUCAAAACAAAGAAAUAAAUCAAUAGUUUAAAUAGAUAUACACAUGGCAUAUUAGGGAAAAUGGGUUGACCAAUUACAAUGCUGAAUCACAAAAAAACAUCGGUACUGUACAGAAUGGUGAUGAAGGCAUAUGAUUGGGAGGAUUUUCCUUUAAUUAAAUUUCCCUGACUGGGCAGCCAGGAUCCUUUUAAGCUUGGAAGUCAGAGGUCAAACGGCCAUGGGAACCAGGAGGGUGCUGGUGACUGGGUGCUCGUCUGGCAUUGGCUUGGCUGUGGCUGUGCGGCUGGCCAAGGAUGAGCUCAGACGGUUUAAAGUGGUUGCCACAAUGAGGGAUCUUGGGAAACGGGGGCCCUUGGAGAAAGCGGCAGGUGGCUCCUUAAACAAAACCCUGGAAAUCAAACAGUUAGAUGCCCGUUGUGAAGCCUCCAUCAAAGAGUGUGUCAACAGCCUGCCGGACAGACGGGUGGAUGUUCUUGUGAACAACGCUGGCGUCGGCAUGAUCGGACCACUGGAGUGCCAAAGUAUAGAUUCCAUGAAGGAGCUCUUUGACACAAACUUCUUUGGCCUGGCACGGCUGGUGAGAGAGCUGCUGCCUGACAUGAAGCGGAGGCAGAGCGGCCAUAUUGUGGUGAUGAGCAGUGUCAUGGGAAUACAAGGGCUUCUGUUCAACGACGUCUACUCGGCCUCCAAAUUCGCUGUGGAAGGAUUUUGCGAAAGUCUGGCAGUGCAAGCAAUGAAGUUUAACAUCAAGACAACUCUGGUGGAGCCUGGCCCUGUGGUGACAGAGUUUGAAAGGAAAGUGUACGAGGAUGCUGAGAAGAUGGAUCUGUCAGGGACGGACGAGGAGACCGCCAAAAUCUUCCGGGAAGUUUACCUGCCAUACUCUAUAAAGGUCUUCGCUUCAUUAGGCCAGACACCAGAGGAAGUGGCUGAGCAAACUGUUAAAGUGAUCCUAGCCAAGGAGCCUCCUCUGCGCCACCAGACCAACCGCCUAUACAUGCCCAUGACAGCACUGAAGCAUGCAGAUCCGACUGGCCGACUGCCUCUGGACACCUUCUAUAAGAUGAUUUUUAAACACGGCAGCGUGUUCAAUGCUACUCUCGGGGUGCUGCGCGUGCUGCAGCGGAGGGCAGGGAAGAAAUAAAGAUUUUACUGUCAGCUUCCAUAGACUGUGAAUGUUAUUCUUAAUAAGGAGACUGUGAUUGACUGUGGUAUAGCUACCACAUGUUGUCAGUUUUUAAGUAUAGCAUCCAACUGUAGGAUGUUGUCUGUAAACUGUAUGUACAUUAACUCUAAAAAUAAUGUGAAUCCUGUACUGUAACUAUGCACACCAUAUUUAUGGACCUUUCUUAUUGUAGAAUCUAUUUUCUCUUCUCAUUAAUUAACUGUACUACUGUAAUGAGUCUGACAAAUAAUUGGUGAAAUAUUAUUACAAAAGUAAAAAUAAUUGAUAUUUAACAUCUUAGAAGGCUACAUUAACGCAACAGUAUCAGUCUUCUCUCCCCGCUAAGGGCACCCCCGACAUGUAAACUGAAACAUGGCCAAAACAUGGAGAACGCCUGAGGAUAAAUAUAAAUUGUAUCAUAAAUGUUGUAUAUCUGUGUAUUGUCAUCAAACUUGCAGUCACAGUUUUGGUGGAAUACGUUCUCUUGCAUCAUUACCCAUAAGCUCUUGGUUUAAACAGUGACAUUGCCUUUGAAAUUUAGAUGAUGCACUCGGCGAGGAUAAUAAUCUUAUUUCUUCAUUUACUGCAUCUCAAUUCACUCUGGAAUGGUAAUCUAAAUAGGUUUACUGACAUUACUUACAUACAAGUGGCCUUUGCUCCUUCAAAGUCUUCCAUGUCUACCCCACAGUUCAUAGCUCUUAUUUAUUCAAUCUCUUACAGAGACAGCAUUUAUACCCUGAUGGGACAAAGCAACACAGGAGGAAAAUGGUCCCGCUUGUCCUGUACUGGUCCCAUCACACUCUUGUAUAGUCUAAAUAAACUGAAGUUGUUGGUGCAUUAAAACAUUUACUACAAUGAUAUUUGAAUUAUAAAUAGCAUGUGCCACCAUAAGGUUCAUCCUCACAGCCCAUGUCCCAGUAGACCUCGACAGGGGAGACUGGUGCUGCCGGGUAGGUAGUCUCUACACCCCACUAUUGACUGGAAGAAAAGCUGAGAAACAAACUGGGAUCAGAAGCAGAAAAACAAUAGAAAAAAAACCCCAUGAUAAAAACAAAACUGUCUCUGAGCUCUAUUUUUCCAAUGUUAUUUUAGUUAAAAAGAUAUGGCAUCAGUUAGACCAACCUCACUAUUAUUACUUCACAUCUUUUGCUAAA